GGCAGUGGUGGAUGUGAGUGGGCAGUGGGGACAUCCGCCGUGGGACAUGUGCCCUGCUCUGACACCCCCGUGGGUUUGUUUCCUUGGAGGUCCAGGCAUGUGGGAUGUUCUCACCAGGGUGGGAAGGACCAAAUUCUGCUUGCCUGACCCAAACCCCACAGCACCAGCACCAGGCUGGGGAUACCCUGGGGGCUCUGGUGGCUGCCACUUGCUUCCUUUGCCUCUGUCCUGCCCCAUCCCUGGUCAUGCUGGGUGCCUGGACGGCUUCUGAAUCCGUGAAUUUUUGCCCUCUCCAUAUCUCUCUGUCAUUUCUCAGGUCUCUUCCCAGGAAGAGCAGCUGGGGCAGGUUGCGGGAGGUCUGCCGCUUGGCCAACAUCCCGUUGACUCCGGAGACCCAGCGGGACCAGGAGCGGCGGAUACGCAGGGAAAUCGCCAACAGCAACGAGAGACGGCGGAUGCAGAGCAUCAAUGCUGGCUUCCAGUCCCUGAAAACCCUCAUCCCACACACGGACGGGGAGAAGCUCAGCAAGGCAGCCAUCCUUCAGCAGACAGCCGAGUACAUAUUCUCCCUGGAGCAGGAAAAGACUCGGCUGCUGCAGCAGAACACCCAGCUCAAGCGGUUCAUCCAGGAAUUCAGUGGUUCCUCCCCGAAACGGCGACGGGCGGAGGACAAAGACGAGGGGAUCGGCUCGCCAGACAUCUGGGAAGAUGAGAAGGCCGAGGAUCUGCGUCGGGAGAUGAUCGAGCUCCGGCAGCAGCUGGACAAGGAGCGCUCAGUCCGCAUGAUGCUGGAGGAGCAGGUUCGCUCCCUGGAGGCCCACAUGUACCCCGAGAAGCUGAAGGUGAUCGCUCAGCAGGUGCAGCUCCAGCAGCAGCAGGAGCAGGUGAGGUUGCUGCACCAGGAGAAGCUCGAGCGUGAGCAGCAGAUCCGAACCCAGCUCCUGCCAUCACAUGCUCCCCCAGCACCCACCCACCACCCCACCGUGAUCGUUCCAGCACCGCCUCCCUCCCAUCACGUCACCGUGGUCACCAUGGGCCCGUCCUCGGUCAUCAACACAGUCUCCACAUCCCGGCAAAACCUGGACACCAUCGUUCAGGCGAUCCAGCACAUCGAGGGGACGCAAGAGAAGCAGCUGCAGGAAGAGGAGCAGAGACGCGCCGUCAUCGUGACGCCGGUGCGCGCCUGCCCCGAGCCCUCCGCCUCCGACACCGCCUCCGACACCGAGGGCAACGACAGUGACUCCAUGGACCAGAGCAAAGAAGAGCCCUCGGGGGAUGGGGAGCUGCCCUGACACCCCCCAGCCGGCAGCCAAGGAGGGGAGCCGGGGCGGGGGGGGAAAUGUCAGAGAAUAUGCUGAAAUUUUUAAAAAAUACAACGCGAUUUGGGUCUCUUUUAUGACCUUUUUCCAAUACUGUAAAGCAGAGCGCUAGAGGCAGGCAAAGGUCACCCUUCAGCUCCCGGGGGGCAGCCACAGUGGGAUGCAGGGGGCUUGGGGCAUGGAGGGGGGGGCGUUUGGGAUGGGAGUCACAGCUCCCCACCCUAUUUUUAUCACUCCCCCCACCUGCCAACCCACAGGGAACCCUGCCAAGCCAGCAGCAGCCCCGCUGUUCCUGAUGGUGUUCCCUUGGAACAGGGCCUUUGGUUGGGAUCUUAAUUUGGUUUUUUCCUUCUCUUUUGUGUUUUUUUUUGUUCAAUUAAAUGUUCGUUUUUUAAGCAGGGGGGAGAUGCCAAGUGGCACGGCAGCAAAGGUGGGACAGGGACCCCUGGCUUCAGGGUACAACCAGCCCCGCCACGGCUCCCGCACUCCACGUGGGGCAGGGAAAACCCCUUUGGAUAGUAAAAUAAUCCCAGGAUGAUGCCAUUGGAGCACAGGCAGGAGGGUCGGCACGUGCCACCUCUCCCUGGUAUUUCCAACCCUCAUUUCCUUGGCACGGGUAUGGCGAGUUGGGGGCUGAUUUUCCAAUCCCACCCCUAUCCCCGUAUCCAUCCCUGUCCCCCAACUCUGCUCCCAUCCCUCCUUUAAGCACUUAAUCCGGUUUGUGGGGUCCAUCAGCUCCGAAGAGCUUUUCUAUUUCGUGAUUGUGUCGCUUGGGUCUGUCGUGGGAGGUGGGGGGGCCCCUGUUUUGUGGAUCCCCCCCUCGCCCUGCCACUCCCUCCCCCCGGCUGUAGGGUUUUAGGCCAGUCGUGUGUAGAGCCUCGGUGGUAUUUGGUAAGUUCCCCCCCAGCCGCAGCUGUUUCUCGGUUCCUUUCCCCCCCCUUUUUUUUUUUUGUUCUGUUUUGUUUUGUUUUGGGUUUUUUUGUAUUUUUUUUUACGAUUUUCAGGUCUUUGUGUUGAUUGAGAAGCUAUUCUAUUUUGUUAAGAAAGUUGAAAAAAAAAAAGAGGCUCGUGCCUUUGUAAAGAAACAAAAUAAAGUUUG